AUGGCUAGACUCAACCUUGGAAAUAUAAACCCGCACAUCGUCGAGGCCAAAUAUGCCGUCCGCGGCGAGCUCGCCGUCAAGUCAGAGGAAUACCGUGCUAGACUAAAAAAGGGUGACAAAAGCCUACCAUUCUCCCAAGUUAUAAGCGCAAACAUCGGCAACCCUCAGCAACUCGAUCAGAAACCCAUUACCUACUUCCGCCAGGUUCUGAGUCUUCUCGAGAACCCUAAGCUGCUAGAACAUGAAGAUGUUCUAAUCAACUCACUGGGUUAUAAGACAGACGUGUUGGAACGGGCGAGAUGGCUUUUAGAUCACGCCGGUAGCGUUGGAGCAUACAGCGCCAGUGCUGGUGUUCCAGCCAUCAAGGAGAGCGUUGCCAAAUUCCUUGAAAGACGGGAUGGCUUCCGCGCCGACCCGGCACAUAUCUAUCUCUCGGCCGGUGCGUCUUCCGGUGUCAACACCCUCCUACACAUAAUAUGUGCCGCUCCUACCACCGGAGUUCUUGUGCCUAUUCCUCAGUACCCGCUCUAUACCGCUUCGCUCUCUGUUAUCAACUCCACAUGCGUUCCUUAUUACCUUGACGAGUCCGCUCAUUGGGGUACGUCGCUCGUAGCUAUCAAGGAGGCCUAUAACAAAGCCAAGGCUGAUGGCAUCGACGUCCGCGCUAUUGUCAUCAUUAACCCGGGUAACCCGACGGGUGCUUCGCUGUCCGAAGAGGAUGUCCGGUCCGUCCUGGAGUUUGCUGCUGAGGAGAAGCUCGUGGUUAUGGCCGACGAAGUCUACCAGACCAAUGUCUUCAUCGGAAAAUUCCACAGCUUCCGCCAGGUCCUACUCACUCUACAAAAGGAGCACCCCGGAAAAUACGACGAGGUUGAGCUCGCCUCUCUACACUCCAUCUCCAAGGGCAUGGUCGGCGAGUGCGGUCACCGUGGUGGUUACUUUGACCUGAUUGGCUUCAACCCUGAGGUCGAGGAGCAGAUCUACAAGUUCGUGUCCAUUACGCUAUGUGCCCCCGUCAUCGGCCAGUGUCUCGUCGAACUUAUGGUCAACCCGCCCAAGCCUGGUGAGCCUUCGUACGAGCUCUACGACCAGGAAUACAAUUUCAUAUAUAACAACCUUAAGACACGCGCAUACACCCUAUACGAGGCCUUCAAAGAGAUGGAGGGCGUUGAGUGUGGCGAACCCCAAGGUAGUAUGUACAUCUUCCCUACCAUCCACGUGCCCCCUAAGGCCGCUGAGGCUGCUAAGGAGGAGGGUCGUACGCCCGACGAAUUCUACUGCAUGCGUCUGCUAGAGUCUACAGGCGUAUGUGUUGUGCCCGGGAGCGGUUUCGGUCAGGCCGAGGGCACCCUGCAUUUCCGUACUACCUUCUUAGCCCCUGGCUCUGAAUGGGUUGGAUCUAUUAAGAAGUUCCACAAGGAAUUCAUGGACAAGUACAGAUAG